GAGGAGGAGAGGAGAGGAGGGGGAGGACUGGAAAACCUGAGGCUCCCCCGAAGAGCAGAGUUGCAUAAGGAAGGAGGAGGCUGUGGGCUGAAGUUCAGGUGGCUAAUCUUGGCCGGGCUGGGCUGCAUGACGACUGUGGAGGCUCUCGGGAGCGCGAGGGUUCCCAGACCUCUGCUGCCCAAGAGCAUCGGACAGAAGCAGAUGAUGACAUUGAGGGGGGGAAACAGUGAAGGAGGCAGCAAGGCGCAGUCCGGAGAGGCGAAUGUUCCAGCCGCUUCCUCCUCGUCACAGCGUGCUGCUGACGCAACCAGUGCCUACUGGGUGAUCGCUGGAGUUAUCACCGGACUUUGCCUGCUGUCAGGGCAGCUCGCAAUCAUCGCAGGCAACAUCGUCGGGCUCGCGUAUCCCACCUACUACAGCCUCAAGGCCUUGAACCAGAGCAAGCAGCCCGGCGGAGAGCUGCUGCAGGCUCGGCUGCUCACGUACUGGACCUGCUUUGCCCUGCUCCAGCUCGUGGAGGGGGUGGUAAUGCCCUGGCGAUGGAACAUCCCCCACUACUACGCCGUGAAGGUGGUUCUGCUGGUCUGGAUGCACAACGAGGGCGCUCGAGCGAUCUACAACAAGUGGCUCAAGCCGCUGGCGAGGACGCACGAGGGGAAGGUGGAAGCGAAACUCAGUGAGGCUGUCGAGCUGGUUCAAGACAGAGUAGCUCUCCUCAAGUCCAUCACUUCGCAUGCCCUCAGGAACUUCGCUCGUUCUGUGAUUCAGAGCAUUCCCAUGUGAGGUUCUUGUCAAGUGCAGCACUUGUAGUAAAGGUUUGCCAACGUC